AUGCGGCCUCGGGCACUGGAGAGAAACAGGGACACGGGGACAGUGCAAGAGGGGGGAGCAAGGCAGCAGAGCGAUGUGUCCCCAUCCCUCGGCGCUGCUGGAGCUUUGCUGCACUUCACAUGGCAGCGCCCGUGGCCCAAAGCGCGGGGUGGCCGCGCCGGGCGGACACGGAGGCGGUGCAAAACGCUCUCCGCGGUGGCCAAGUCGCACAGCUUCUUCUCCCUGCUGAGGAAGAACGGGCGGCCGGAGAACGGCAGGGCGGAGAGCGGGGACCAGCGGGCUGGCGGCAGACAAAAGAAGGGGCUGAAAGGGAUCUUCAGCAGCAUGCGGUGGCAUAAAAAGGAUAAAAACGGCAAGGAGGAGAGGGGGGAAAGCUCGGAGAUCCAGUCCGGGCUUAUCAUGCCGGGGUCUUUGACCGCCAGCCUGGAGUGCAUCAAAGAGGAGACGCCGAAACCUUUGUCUGAAACUCCGAGCGGCGCAGGAGGAGACAUCGGGCCGGAACCGCCGCGGGAGAAGCGCGGCGGAGAGGCGCACGUCUCGGCCGAGGAGCCCGAAGCGGGAGGUGGGGAGUCGCGGGACAGCGGUGUCCCCCCCGGGGAGGACUCUGCCGCUGCUGGAAGGCGACCCGAGGAGCUCAGCCACGAGCGACCGGACCCGGGCGCCGGAGAGGUUGGGACUGCGAAGGAUGCGGCCAUAACAGGUGACAUUCCAAUAACGACUAUUCCCCCUGUUGAACCUCACUGUGAUAGCGGUCAAGAGACGGCAGCCGCCCCUGACCCUUCCUCUGUUGAUCCACCCUCAGAGCAAUCGAUUGAUCGUAUUUGUUUGAUGUUUGCUGACGUGACUUCACUGAAAAGCUUUGACUCUCUUACAGGCUGCGGAGAUAUUAUUGCGGACCAUGAGGAGGAUGUGGGCGGCGGGAGUGGCGGCUGCGAGAAGAGCACCCCCGGGGCCGGCAAGAUGGGUGCCUCCAAGAAGCAGCCCCCCAUGGUGGCCCACCAGGGAGGAGGGGAGGAGAUGGCCAGCCCGGACCAGGUGGAUGACACCUGCCUGCAGGAGUUCUGGGAUAUGCUGUCACAGACAGAGGAGACCCAGACAGAAGGAGGAGGAGGUGGAGGAGGCACAAAGAAGCCCGAGGGGUUGAAGGAGAACCGAGGUACUGAGGGGCCCCAGAACAGGGUGGCAGUGAAACGUGGUGGCCUCCACCAGAUCCCCGUUCACCCCAACCACAAAGAGGAGCAGAAGGGCAGGGAGAAAGAGCAGCACGAAGGCAUCCCAAACAGUGACGAGGGCUACUGGGAUUCUACCACCCCUGGUCCUGAGGAAGAUGGUUCCACAAGCAUCCAGAAGGAGACCAUUCCCAGGGACAGCUACAGUGGGGAUGCUCUCUACGAUCUCUACACCGAGCCAGAUGAGAACCCACCAGCGGGGCCUGCGGAGGAACAGGUCACUUGCAUGCCACGCUCCAAGCCUGUGUCUCCAAUAACAACCACGUGUUCACUGAAAACACCCUCAAGCACAUUGAAGGACUCCAAGAUACCCAUCAGCAUUAAACACCUUUCGUCGCAUUCUGCCAGCCAUGGAGCAGACGCCAGUAACAGCCAUCAUGUCGCACACCAUCACCUGGCCAAAAGUGAGAUGCACAGAACAAAAAUCCCUGUCUCUAAAGUACUGGUACGCCGGGUCAGUAACAGGGGCUUAGCAGGGACAACAGUGAAAGCUGCCACAUACCAGGACAGUGCCAAAAAGUAG